AAGCUUCAGCAUUCAACAGCUCUUCUCUGUACGCCGCCGUCAACAGCCCUUCUCCUCUGCCCCUCGCCGGAGCUCGCCGGUAGAUCGUCGGACCUCUGCCUCUUCGAGUGUCUUUACUCUGAUUCGCGCCUCUAUCUCUCUGCCUCGACCUCCCGUUCUUGCCGCCGGAGUAUCUCUUUUUCGUUCUGUUUUUCUCUCGUCGGUGCUUCGCCGGAGCUCGUCAAAAUGCUCUAAGUUUUCACUCUGGUUCGCACCUCUAUCUCUCUGCCUCGAUCUCCCAUUCUUGUCGUUGUUCUGCCGUCGCAUCAAUUGAGUUUCAGGAAAGAUGAAAAGGUACAGAACUACAGAUUUUAAAAUCUCUCAGUGUUGAACUCUUCAUUUCAACGGAUCCUGCUUUCAAUCAAACUAGUCAUUGAAAUUAACAAUAACGUUGGUGUAGUGGUAGUGACAUACUACAACAGGGGAGAACCCGAGUUAUACUCCUAGAGAGUACAUGAUACAUCGAUUGAUUACGAAAAGGGUAUUAAUCUCAGGGAAAAUAGGCACUGAGGUUUGAGGAGAGAAUGGACUUGGUUAUCAAUGCAGCAGUGGAAGAGAUAUGUGGCCACCUUGAAGAUGGAAUCACUCUUGCUGCACUGUGGGACAAGCUUGAAGGCUCGCCUUCCCUCUUGUCCUCCGGCCUCCAACUCUCUCCUGCCAUCAAAAGGGACAUAUGGACCAACCUCCUCAACAUCCCUACUUUGCGGUUUGAGCCCCAACCCACUUCCUCGGAGCUUGAAGAUGCCAACGAGCUCAAUUUGAAGAUCAUUGCUCAAAAGAGCCUUGUUGACAACUUCAUGGGACUCUAUGAUUCCCCAUCUCUCCAACAAGCUCAAAUGCGUGUCCUCCACCUUCUGGCUAGUGUCAAGGCCAAUGGCAUUACUCAAAGCAACCUUGCUAAACAAUUGAACAUUGAUGGGAAUAACUUUCAUUAUGUGCUGAGAAGUCUCGAGUGCCAAGGCUUAGUUGUCAAGCACCCUGCUAUCGAAAAGAAGAAGCAAAUCUCCACUCAUGGGGAUUCCAAGAAUUAUCCAUGUGUAUCUACCCAUUUAGUGUACUUGCGUCGCUAUGCUAAGAAACUUGAAUCAAAUCAGAGGUUUGAACUACAAAUAACCAAAUCAAACAACCCUGAGGAUGAUGACGAGGAUGCAGAGGGAAAUUCACUUCAAACAGAUGUUCUUCUUAAAGAUUAUGCACCCCAAAUGAAAGCUAUUUGUGACAAACUUGCAAAAGCUAAUGGCAAGGUUCUUCUUGCGUCUGAGAUUAAGAAGGAACUUGGGUAUUUUGGAUCACGUCCUAAACAAAGGAUUUGGAGAACACUUUGUCGCCGGUUGAAAGCAGAUAAUGUUGCGGAACUGUUUGAUGCUAAGGUGAAUGGCAAGGUUGAGUCUUGUCUACGGCUUGUUGAACCAGUAACUACUGGAUCUGCAAAUGAAGAUAAAAACUCAAACUUUGGGAAAGUAUGCGUCAUUGAUCAGUUUGUGGAGCUACCUAUUGAGCAUCAAAUAUUCGAUAUGAUUGAUGCUGCAGGAUCAAGUGGCAUUACUUUCAAGGAGGUAUGUGAGAGGCUUGGGAUUGAUCUAAAAAAGAACCACAUUCGGCUAAUAAAUUUUUGUCAUAGAUUUGGAAUGAAAGUGCAGCAAGUGCAAGACUCGAAAUCCAAGACAAUUCGUGUUUGGACAUCUAAAAAUUUCAAUUGUGAACCAGAAGCUGGGCUUUUUCACAAACUUGAAGAAAAUAAAAUUUUUGAUCACGUACCCGACAGUUCUUCUAAAUCAGCAUCUGAAUUUGACACUUCAACUUCCCAUGGUAGACUUCCUGACCCUGCAGAAUUCAAAGAUAUUGAACAAGGUGCUGGAGUAUCUUGUGAAUCUCCAAGAAAUGUUGAGUCUGAAGGAAUACCAACAAACUUGCAAGAGGUAGACCUUGACCCCGUGGGCACUGUUUCCAAUACCAAGCGCGAUUUGGUUAGUUUAUCAACGGAUGCAGAUGUUGCAUCAUCAGCUAUGCAAUAUAGUGUUUCAAAAAAUGGAUUAAAUAAAAGAUAUACAAGUUACUCUUUCACUGUGGACAGCAAUCGAAGGGCAAAUAGGAUACUAGAAAGACUCAAGAAUGAAAGGUUCAUUUUGAGAUCUGAGAUGAGUAGGUGGCUUACUAGCUUAGAGAAAUCUAAGUAUAAGUCUCAGGUGGACCGCAAAACUAUAGAUCGAAUAUUGAAUAAGCUUCAGGAGCAUGGGCUAUGCAAAUGCAUAACAGUACAUUCCCCUGUAGUUACUGAAUAUUCCAAGACUAAAGAUUGUAUUGUAGUUGUGCAUCCAUCCAUAAAUCUAACGCCUGAACUAUUUGAUGCAAUUCAAGAUAGAGUGAGAUCAUUUGAUAUGGAACUUCGCAGCAAAAGUAUGUCUCAUAAAAAAGAUGAUGAAUCGAUACCCGUAAUGGAGGAUAUUCAGAAAACUAAAAGCCAUGUAGCUCCAGAUUCAGGGGCCAGCAAAGCAGAUGUUAUGCGCGCUAAUGGAUUUGUGUUGGCAAAAAUGAUUCGUGCAAAACUUCUCCAUACUUUUCUUUGGGAUUAUUUGCAUGGGUCAGCAAGCCAUGAUGAUCCUUUAUCAAAUGAAAAAUGUAUUUACGAACUGAAUAAUAAUCCUCAUAGUAGUAGCAAAUUAUUUUCUUUGGAAACUGUUAUCAAAGCGAUUCCAGUUGAACUAUUCUUACAAGUUGUUGGCUCCACUCAAAAGUUUGAAGAAAUGAUUGAAAAGUGCAAGAUGGGUAUACGCCUAUCUGAUAUUUCUACCAGGGACUACAAUUGUUUAAUGGACACUAAUGCAACUGGAAGGUUGUCGAAAGUUAUUGACAUUUUAAGGCGUUUAAAGUUGAUUCGGAUUGUAGCUGAUAUGCAAUCUAGAGAUGAAGUGAACAUGGCACAUACUUUUUCCCACAUGUUGGAGCUUAAGCCGUACAUUGAAGAACCCCUUUCAAGUGAAGCAACUUCUCUAAACUUUAUGUCCCAUGAUCUUCGACCAAGAAUCAGGCAUGAUUUUGUCUUGUCUAAUAGAGAUGCAGUUGAUGAAUAUUGGCAAACUUUGGAGUAUUGCUAUGCUGCUGCUGAUCCAAAAGCUGCGACAUAUGCAUUUCCUGGAUGUGUUGUUCAUGAGGUUUUUCGAUUCCGUUCAUGGGCAUCAACUCGUCUUAUGACAGCUGAACAACGUGAUGCACUUUUAAAGCAUGUGGCAAAGGAUGAUCUCGGUGAAAGAAUAUCUUAUAGGGACUGUGAGAAGAUUGCAAAGGAUCUUAAUCUUACUUUGGAGCAGGUUCUUAGUGUGUAUUCUAUUAAGCGGCGCCAUUACAUUAAAAAGUUCAAAGAUGAAAGGAAAGAGAAUAGUUCACUUGAAGGAAUGGGUAGGAAAUAUAGUUCUACAGAGCUGAGGCCAGAAAAGCAUGCAAGAAUUGAAGAAGCUGCUGAUAUUGAGAUGCAUAUGGAAGAAGACAAUCUGGGUAUUGAUUCUGGAGAGCAUGUCAAUGAUACUCAAGAAUUUGACGAUGUUCAUUCUGAAGAGGGUUCUCAAGAUUGUCCCCUUAUUAGCCAGUGUGUCUUAUCCACAAUGAAGCCAAGACGGCAAAGGAGAUUUGCAUGGUCAGACAAAGCUGAUAGACAAUUGGUGAUUCAAUAUGUUAGACAUCGUGCUGCUCUUGGUGCAAAAUAUCAUCGUAUGGAUUGGACAUCAGUUCCUGAUCUCCCAGCGCCUCCAAGAGUCUGCAUGAGAAGAAUGAAUUUAUUGAAUAGUAACGAAAGAGUUAGGAAAGCUGUGAAUAGACUCUGUAACAUUCUCGGUGAACGAUAUGCAGAGCAGCUGGAGAUGUCCCAGAAUUUGUCAUCGAAGAAAGAUGAUUGCAGGGAACUUGUGAGGUCCCAGUCCAGUAAAGGUGUUGACAAUAAUUUUAGACCUGAUAUUGGAAUUCAAAUGCCAAGCCUAAAUGGAGAGCCUUGGGAUGACUUUGAGAACAAAACUAUCAAGAACGCUCUUGAGGACAUUCUUCGCUACAAGAUAAUGGCUAAGCUAGAUGCCUCCUCCAAGAAAGUUCAGCCUCAAUAUGAAGGGUUGUCAGAUGCAAAUGCAGAUUCUGAUGGAUAUCAGGAGUCCCAAGAAAAUGAAGACACUGUAUCAGCCAUUCCUAGUGAGAUUACUCAAAGCCAUCAUGGAAAGAGCCAAAUCUCUUCUGCCCAAAGGUCACGCCGCCGCCUUGAUAAAAAUUUUAAGAGGUUUCUGAGUAACACUACUAAUGUAUAUGGACAAGUGUACAAAUCAUUGGCCAUUUCAAAUGCCGUGGAGCUAUUUAAGCUUGUUUUUUUGAGUACCUCCUCAAGUCCACAGGCACCAAGUUUACUAGCAGACAUUCUUCGGCGUUACUCAGAGCAUGAUUUAUUCGCUGCUUUUAACUACCUUAGAGAGAAGAAAAUCAUGGUUGGCGGCAACGGCAGAGAACGUUUUGAACUAUCACAGCAGUUUCUGCAGUGUGUUUCCAAGUCACCAUUUCCAUUUAAUACUGCAAAGCGAGCAGUUAAAUUUUCUCUGUGGCUACAAGAAAGAGACAAAGUCCUGAAGGAAAUGGGUACCAAUCUUGCUGAAGAUCUUCAAUGUGGUGACAUUUUUCAGUUGUUUGCCUUAGUCUCGUCGGGUGAACUUUCAAUUUCACCAUGUUUACCAGAUAAUGGUGUUGGAGAGGCUGAAGACCUGAGGAACACAAAGCGCAAAUCUGAUGUUGAAGGUGAAAUAAUUUCUCGUCGGGAAAAAGGUUUCCCGGGUAUUGUCAUUUCUGUACACUGCACAACAAUGUCAAGGGCUGAUAUUUUAGAUUUGCUUGAAGAUAAUAACAACGACAACCAACCUUUUGAGAAGAGCUCCAAACUAAACACUGAUGAAAACUGUAACAAUUCAGGUCCUGACCAAAUGUUGGAAGUCUUUAACUCUUGUGAUACAGUACCUGUGGAAGAAAACCAUAUUGAAUCACCGUGGGAAGCUAUGGUAGGCUAUGCAAAGCGAUUGAUGUUUGAUCCUUCUAAUCAAGAACAAGAAUGUGUCAUCUGUGCUGAGGUCUUCAGGGUUGUUUAUGCUGCUAUCCAAAAUGCUGGUGAUCAAGGGUUAAGCAUGGGGGAAAUCUCCCAAAUUAUAAACUUGCCAGGAGCAGAAGUAGAUGGACUGCUUGUUGAUGUUCUUCAGGCAUUUGGUCAAGCCUUUAAGGUCAAUGCUUUUGAUUCUGUUCGUGUUGUUGAUGCUUUAUACCGUCACAAGUACUUUUUGACACCUGUAUGUGGUUUAAAUCAAGGUACUGUGCAUCCUUCAUCACCAAAGACCAUUGAGAAAAGUGGUCAUACACGUAAUCUUCACAAAGUGACAAUUCUUAAUCUUCCACUUGGUGAUGAGAAGCCUAAAAGUAAAGCUUGCGAUAGGAAUGAAGGCUUUGUUGAAGAUAGACUUAUUGAUUCCAGUGUUGAUAAUGUAAAAGACACACAGAAAUUCUCUUCUGGUGAACUGUGUGUGCCAAUAUUGCCGUGGAUCAAUGGAGAUGGGACCAUCAACAGCAUUGUCUACAAUGGUCUCAGACGCCGUAUCCUUGGAAUAGUGAUGCAAAACCCAGGAAUGUUGGAGGGUGAUAUUCUACGUCAGAUGCAUGCGCUGAAUCCACAGAGCUGUAGAACACUAUUGGAAUUGAUGGUUUUGGAUAAACACUUAAUUGUGAGGAAGAUGCAUCAAGAAAAAUUUGGUCCCCCCUCCAUACUACAGAAUCUUAUUGGACGAAAAUCCAAUCAAUCAAAGUGGAUAUGUCUCGAGCAUUACUUUGCCAAUCCCAUGAGUACUUCCUUCUUGUAGGGAAUCUCAUUGGACAUGUAAAGCCCAUAAAUAAUGUGUUUAUAUGUAUAAGGAUGAACAAAAAUAUAUGGAAAAAAAAUUAUGUUAGUCUUUAUGUAUAAUUAGGACUUUAGAGAAUUUUUAAAACUUAGAGCAUUCUAGUUGUGUAUUUAAAUUAGGAUCGCAUAAUUGUUCUGUAAGUUCAGUCUUUGACUAACCAUAGUAAACCAGUUAAUCACUCUUAAAUAGUAGGAUACACAUUUUAUAGA